AAAAAUCACACCGACUCGGUUUCGUGAAAUCUACUGCAAUGUAAAUACUGUUAAUUUCGGACCUCAUCAACCGAAUCCAAAUGAGCAAUUCCAUCUCUCACAAACCCCGUUACACAGUGUCCUUCCUUUGCUUCAUUCUGCUCUUCCUCUUCACACUUUUCCUUUUCAGCGAGCGUACACUCGAACCCUCCCUCGCCCUCUACCGACCAUCAUUUUGGUUUACCAAAUCCCAAAUCCACUCUUCAAAUGCCACAACCAUUCGUAAUAAGCAGAAUCCACCCGCGGAUAACGAAACUGUUGACAAUGUUGAGGAGAAGAGGAGGGAAACGUGUGAUAUUUAUACUGGAACUUGGGUGAAAGACGAUGAAUACCCGAUUUAUAUACCGGGUUCCUGCCCGUAUGUUGAUGAGGCUGUUGAUUGCCAAAGCAAUGGAAGGCCUGAUUCUGAUUACUUGAGGUGGCGUUGGAAGCCCGAUGGCUGUGAUCUUCCGAGGUUUAAUGCUACUGACUUCUUGGAGAGACUAAGAGGUAAAAGGCUGAUGUUGGUUGGGGACUCCAUGAACCGCAAUCAGUUUGAGUCACUCUUGUGCCUCCUACGUGAAGGCCUUACGAAUAAGAGCAAAUUGUAUGAGGUCCAUGGCUACAAAAUAACUAAAGGAAGAGGGCACUAUAUAUUUAAAUUUGAGGACUAUAACUGUACAGUGGUAUAUGUAUUGUCACAUUUUCUUGUUAAAGAAGGAAUCCGCAUUAAUGAUCAGGGGCAAUCAAAUCCAACUCUAUCGAUAGAUAAAAUUGACAAGACAUCUGAUCGAUGGAAGCGGGCUGAUAUUCUCGUUUUCAAUACCGCUCACUGGUGGGUUCAUGGAAAGACUGCUCGAGGGAUAAAUUAUUUCAAAGAAGGUGAUUAUCUUUACCCAAAAUUCGAUGCUGUUGAAGCUUACCGGAGAGCUUUGAAGACCUGGGCAAAGUGGAUCGAUGAAAACUUUAAUCCAGAAAAAAAUUUGGUCUUCUAUCGUGGAUACUCUUCCGCUCAUUUCAGCGGUGGAGAUUGGAACUCAGGUGGAUCAUGUACUGGGGAAACUGAACCAAUCUUGAGCGGAACUGUCCUGGAUACGUAUCCUUUGAAAAUGAAGAUAGUGGAAGAAGUGAUUCGGGAAAUGAAGGUCCCUGUGAUACUGUUGAACGUAACGAGGCUGACCAAUUCUCGCAAGGACGGCCAUCCAUCAAUGUAUGGGAAGAAAUUAACAGAAGGGGAAACGAAAUCUACAAGGCGGGAAGAUUGCAGCCACUGGUGUCUUCCAGGGGUUCCUGAUGCCUGGAAUGAGCUUAUCUAUGCCACUCUGGUCUUCAAGAAACUAUUGUGAAGAGUUUCAAUUUCUAGAUUAGAAUUUUGAUUAGCCAAAAGCAUGAGACAAUUCAUUGUUGUAUUCCAUUGUUUACUUGGUCUU